AUGGUCGAAGACGAGUUCUACACCAUCGCGCAAACCUUCACUCAGCACUUACACUAUGCGGAGUACGUCCGCCGGAAAAAGUAUGCAAAGGCCCAAAGUGCGGCAGAGAUCGGCGCCAUAGAGAGGCCGACAGAUGGGAAAACACCCAUGUCAAAGGAGCUCCAGCAGAAAAAAGAAGCUGAAGUACGGGCGACGCGCCAGAAAGCUGGAGUCGAAGAAGUCGCAGGUCAAGACGACAAGGACGAUACCGAUGAUGAUGAUGAUGAUGACAAUUGGGCCGGGACGCAUUUGCAUGGUCUUAUGACUAGUCCAAGUAAACCACGUUCGUUGCUUGGCUCACAUAUUUUGAAGUCUUCUACAAGAGCUGCUGCGGGCUUUGGACAAGCAUUUGGGUCGCAGAGUGACACCAGGCAUAUAGCUCGCGGGUCUCAGCCUGCGCCGUCAUCUCGAGCUGCCGAGUUACACCGUCGGGAGUUUGAUGAGGAGACGGCAUCGGGCGAAGAUGAUGAUCUCGAUGGACAAGCAUACACGACUACUAUACAACCCAGACGAGAGGAAAGCAAGGCUCCGGAUCAAAGCUCAGCAAGAUCGCCGCCUUCUACCAUUCGGCGACCGACGCAAAUCAACAAUAUAUCUACGUCUAGCAGAGGAGGAGUAAGGCCAGCGCAGCCAAACACGCAACCAAAACACGAAUUCAGGUCAAAAGUUCAGAUGUUAUUCGACGACCUUGACGAACUUCCAGAGCCAUCAAGAUCUAAAACUUCUAUUCCUGAAAAGGAAAUCAGGUUCUCCUCCGCAACCCAAAGGCCGGAGGUCACGCCUGGGGAAAACAAUUUGAAGUCCAAGAAAUCCCGCUAUAAAGACGUUCCAACUUUUCUAGUGUGA